AUGUGGCAGCACUUCGGCUAUACCGAGAUCUUGGUAAGAAUUGAAACACAAAACCAAGAGUUUUUUCUUCUGAUUUUUACAGAGGAAUAUGAUCUAGAAAUAACCAAUAAUGGUCCCAUCACAACGGGAGCUCAAGCUACUGUUCGUGCCAGUCUAAGUAUGAAGAAUGACAGUAUCACCUCAAACUUGUAUCAUUUUAACUGGAUUUAUGCUCCUCUGAUUCUCACUGGGAAAUCGGAGCAGCAGUUUCACUCCCAGGUUAAUGUGACUGGUGAAUUCCCUGGCGCUUUUCCUGUAUCUGUCUGGGUGACACACAGAAACUGCUGGUUGUGUCGGCCUGUUGCUAGAAAUGUCACCAUUCUGCAUGUCACAGAAUUCAUCACAGGGAACCUCACCAUUGCCCAGAUAGAAGGCAGCGCGCUUAUCAAGCAAGGUCUGAGCUCCUCCACAGACACUGUGACCCACGUUUCUUUCUGUCUUCAUGACCCAAGUGAUUACUUCAAGUCAGCAUCAUUUGUCUACAACUGGGACUUUGGGGAAGGGAUGUAUCAGAUAACCAAGGAGCCCUUUGUCUACUACAAUCAUUCUGCCAUGGGGAACCGCACAGUCCACCUGAAAGUGAUAGCUGAGUGGGAACAAACUGGAAGCAUCAUACAUGAAAGAGAAACUGUGCAGAAAACUGGUGAUUUUACCACUGCUCUGGAGCUGCUAGAUGCUGUUAAAAGUAUUAAUGUAGUGGGCUCCAGAGAGACUCACGUAAUGGAAAACUUGAGUUUAUCUCUUCAUAUCAAUGGCAGCCCCCCGCUGGCCCUAUGCUGGCUUAUAAAGGCCGAGUGCAUUCCACUGGAAGGUGAAAAAUGCCACCUGGUGGUUAUCAGCGGCUCUCACUACAACCUGAGCCACCGGUUCGGCGCCGCCGGGCAGUACUGCCUCAGCGUCAGGGUGCAGAGCGGUGUCACCACGCUGCAGACGUACCGCGAAAUCCAAGUGCGGCCAACAGGGAUGCAGCCAGCUUUCUUCAUCCUGCUCUGCAUCGCGCUGCUGUUGGUGGUGCUAGGACUGGUGCUGUACACGACCUUGAGAAGUAACACACAGCAGAAAGAUCUCGUGGAGGUAGCUGACUUCGACUUUUCUCCGCUAUCUGACAAAAACCUGUCUUCUGCUUCGGAGUCAAGCUGCAGCCAAGGAUGUUGCAGGUCAUGUUGUCUUGGAUCAUCUCAAGAAACUGCCAGGGAGAGCCAUGAACUUCUUCUUUCUUUUUACAAGCCAGUCAAAACGUACACAGUGUGAAGAACACAUUUCACUUUGGUUGCACUAACUGCUGAGUUUAACUUUCCCACUUAAUGACGAGUUAAACGCUCAGGGCUGCAUGAAUGGUUUAUUUUUACCAAUGCAAUGAGGUUAACCACUUCACUAGGUUGAGCACAUGAGUGUUUCAUUGUGUGAUCUAAGAAAAAGGGAACCUGAAAC